AUGGAAUCCAGUACAAACCCAGAUCCUGCUGCGCUGGCCCUACAAAUCCAGUCGCUGUCAGCAACCGUGGAAGAACUCACGAGACAGAACCAAGAAAUGAAACAACGACUACUACAGGAAAGCAAUCGUGCAGAUAGGGGAGACGACGAAGACAGCAACAGAAGGCGAACCAGCACUCCGGAGGAAGCAAGCUCGGAUCUUUUGAGAGAAAUGAGGAAAGAGAUGGACGAACUAAGAAACGCCAUAAAAGGAAAGACGGACCAAAGUUUGGAGAGAAUCGUCCGGAAGACGGAUUCGCCCUUUACCAUAGCCGUCCAGGAGUGCCCUAUACCCUUCAAAUUUCGUCUACCCCAGCUGGAACCUUUCGACGGGCUGAAAGACCCUUUGGAUCACUUGAAUACCUUCAGGACAACCCUAGGCCUCCAACAGCCCCCUGACGAGAUCUUCUGUCGCUCAUUCCCUACGACCCUCAAAGGAGCAGCCAGGGAAUGGUUCAACAAGUUGCCAACAUCGUCUAUUGACAAUUUCGAGCAGUUAAGCAGCUCCUUUGUCCGUCACUUCGUGGGGGGGCAGCGACCGAAGAGAACUGCCGACCACUUACUUACCAUCAAACAAGGAGAGAAGGAACCACUGAGGUCCUACGUGACACGCUUCACCCGAGGAAUGUUGGAAAUAGACGAGACAGAUGACAAGGUACAUCUCACAACCUUCAAAGCAGGAUUGAAGUCCAGGGAUUUUGUGGCAUCCUUGGCAAAGAACCCCCCUAAGACGAUGGCCGAGGCACUGUUAAAGGCUCAGAAGUACAUGAACGCGGAGGAAGCCCUGGCAGCUAUUGAUGGAGCAGAUAAGAGUAGGGAAAAGAAGAAAGAAAAUGAGGACGAUCGAAGAGGGCUAAAACGAGAACGGGCUGGCAGACGGAAUGACGAUGGAAAUCGAAGGAGAGACGAUAAAAACCCUCGUCCAUCAAAGUUCACCCCGCUGGUGAUGCCAGUAGAUCAAAUUCUAACAGAAAUAAGGGACGAACCAUCCCUAAAGUGGCCAAAACCACUCCAUUCAGCACCUGGAUUACGUGACAAGAGGAAAUACUGUCGUUUCCAUAAAGAUCAUGGGCACUACACGGAGGACUGCAGGGACCUAAAAGAGCAGAUUGAAGAGCUCAUCCGUAAUGGGAAGCUACAACAGUAUGUAAAAAGGGGGGAUUUCGGCAGGUACGGACAGAAAACCCAGCCAGUGAAUGCACGAAGAGACGAAGAUCGUCCCCAACCUCGUCCACAAAACGCGCUAGGGGAGAUAAAGACCAUCGCCGGGGGACCAACCGCCGGAGGAUCAUUCAAGUCUCUCAGGAAGUCAUACCAAAGACAGGUAAACAGCGUCCACAAUGUACCACCGUCAAAGCAAAGACGCACCAGUGAAGACUUGCAUUUCUCUGAGGAAGAUGCCAGAAGUGUGAAGCAGCUCCAUGAUGACCCGCUCGUCAUUAUGAUCAUGAUCGAGGGGUUCAACGUGCGAAGAGUCUUGGUCGACAGCGGAAGUUCAGCAGAUAUAAUCUAUCUUCCUGCUUUCCAACAACUAAAGCUGGACCCAAAGAGGCUUCGUCCUUUUGAGUCUCCCCUAGUCAGUUUCAGCGGAGACAAAGUGUACCCCAGAGGAAUCACGACGUUAACAGUAACAGCCGGGUCAUACCCCCUUCAGGUAACCAACCAGCACAAUUUUCUAAUAGUAGACUCACCCUCGUCCUACAAUGUGAUCAUUAGUAGACCAAUGCUUAAUCGCUGGAAGGCUGCUAUCUCCACCUACUGCUUAAAGGUGAAGUUCCCAACAGAACAUGGAAUCGGGGAGAUUAAGGGAGAUCAAGUGCUGGCCAGGGAAUGCUACCAUGCCGUCCUGGCCUCAAAAGAAAACCAUACGUGGACAAUUGAGGAGAAGACGCCAGAGAUUAUGGAGAAAUUUGAAACGGUAGAUUUGGCUGAAGGGAACCCUCCAAGGACGACCCAAAUAGGGAAGAGCAUGAGUCAAAAGACGAAAGGCGAAAUCGUCAACUUUCUGAAGAGCAACCUCGACAUUUUCGCCUGGAGCCACAAGGAUAUGCCAGGAAUCCUAGCAAGCCUCAUCCAGCAUCAUCUGAAUGUUGAUCCGGAAAAGAAACCUGUCCAGCAGAAAAGGAGAGUCUUUGCUCCCGAGCGAAAUAAGGCAGUGAUGGACGAGGUAAAUAAGCUGCUUGCAGCAAAAUUUAUCCGAGAAGUCCACUACCCAGAGUGGUUGGCCAACGUAGUCAUGGUCAAAAAGUCAAAUAGGAAGUGGAGGAUGUGUGUCGACUUUACAGACCUGAACCAAGCAUGCCCAAAAGAUAGCUUCCCGCUGCCCAGGAUCGACCAGCUAGUAGACUCCACAGCAGGACACAAACUUCUCACAUUUAUGGACGCGUUUUCAGGAUAUAACCAGAUACAAAUGGCUGAAGAAGACCAGGAGAAGACCGCUUUUAUCACCAGCCAGGGACUUUACUGCUAUCGGGUCAUGCCUUUUGGGCUCAAAAACGCAGGGGCCACCUAUCAAAGAUUGGUAAACCAGAUGUUCGAGAAGCAAAUCGGGAGAAAUGUGGAGGUUUAUGUUGACGAUAUGCUCGUCAAGAGUAAGGAAGAAGAAAACCAUCUGGACGAUCUCAGAGAGACGUUCAAUACUCUCAGACGGUAUAGCAUGAAACUAAACCCGUCCAAAUGUGCCUUUGGGGUUUCCUCGGGAAAGUUUCUCGGGUUUGUAGUAUCGCAGAGAGGGAUUGAAGCAAAUCCCGAAAAGGUCAAGGCCAUCCUGGAAAUGUCUUCACCCAGGACGGUCAAAGAAGUGCAGUCCCUAACAGGGAGAAUUGCGGCCCUCAAUCGGUUCGUCUCGAAGGCAACGGACAAAUGCCUCUCAUUCUUCAAGACUUUGAAGAAGGCGUUUUCAUGGACGGAGGAAUGCGAAGCGGCGUUCAAAGAGCUGAAAAGGUAUCUUAGCAACCCGCCCCUCCUGAGCCCAUCCAAAGAAGGUGAAGAGCUAUUCCUAUACUUAGCCGUCUCAAUCACGGCUGUCAGCGCGGCAUUGAUUAGAGAAGAUGGUGGUUUGCAACUUCCUGUGUAUUACGUUAGCCAGGCCUUCCAGGGCGCCGAGGCACGGUACCCACGUAUGGAGAAGAUCACCUUCGCCCUCAUUAUGGCUUCAAGGAAACUUCGUCCAUAUUUUCAAGCCAAUCCCAUCGUCGUGAUGACGGAUCAGCCCAUAAAAAAGGCAAUGAACAAGCCCGAAGCAGCAGGAAGAAUGGUGCAGUGGGCAAUCGAGCUCAGCCAGUUCGACAUAAAAUACCGUCCAAGGGUGGCGAUAAAAGCACAAGCACUGGCAGAUUUUAUAGCAGAGUUCACCGUCCCUGAAAACGUAGAGAACAUCUGGAUGGUUAAUACUGACGGAUCGUCCACUCAACGCGGAGGCGGAGCUGGCAUCGUCCUCAUUUCUCCCGAAAAGAAUGUCAUCAAGUAUGGAGUCCAACUUAAGUUCCCGGUGACCAAUAAUGAAGCGGAAUAUGAGGCAUUACUGGCAGGAUUGAGAGUAGCUCGAGCACUAGGAGCUGAGAAUGUUGUGCUCAGGAGCGACUCCCAACUCAUCAUUGGACAAGUAAGAGGGGAGUACGAAGCAAAGGAGGCAAGGAUGCAGAAAUACCUCAAGCUGACGAACCAAUUGAUCAGUUCCUUCAAUUAUGCAGAGUUCGUCCAGAUCCCUAGGGAUCAGAACACAGAAGCUGAUGAGGUGGCCCGAAGUGCCUCAACGGACAGCGGAGGUAAGAGGUCUGAUUGGAAGACGGAAGAACAAAACCAUCCCAGCAUACUGGAACUUCAGAUUUCCUCCGUCCACACAGACCAGGGAUGGACGAGCCCGAUAGUCACUUUCCUUCAAGAAGGACGACUACCGGACGAUCCAGAGGAAGCUAAAAAGGUAAGGAGACGAGCAGCCAGAUUUACGAUACUUAAUGAUGAACUGUACAAAAGAGGCUACUCCCAACCGUAUUUGAGAUGUGUUGAAAAGGAGGAAGCCAAGUACAUCCUUGAAGAAGUGCAUGGUGGGAUCUGUGGAGAUCACACGGGGGUAAAGUCCCUCGCCAGAAAUAUCAUGAGAGCUGGCUACUUUUGGUCAACAAUGCAACGAGACGCAGCUGACUUCGUGAGGACGUGUGACAGUUGCCAAAGAUAUGGGAAUGUUCAAAGAAUCCCCGGGGAGAAAAUGACCACAAUAUCGUCUCCCAGGCCAUUCGCACAGUGA